GUUGUAAUAUACUAUAUUGACCUUGUGAAGAAGCACAAAAUCGUAUUAGAGCUUGUUGUUUCCGUCCUCAAUGCUUCCCUGGUGGCCAUGAUGUUCUUGUAAAUAAAAGGUUUACCGUAGAUAAUUUUUGGAUUUUUAAAAUUCCGAAAACAGUGAGCGUCGUUUCGAUGAAUGUAAAGCAAGUUCUUUAAAGAGACUAAAGCUAUAGAAUUCUGCGUAUCUAGUUUCAUUGUGCAUCUCAAUAUUAACCACUGUAAUAGACCGAACCGAAUCGAAGGAGAAAUAUGGAUAAGUUCUUAAUGUGAACACCCUAGUCAAAUAUGAGCAUUUUUCUGCUUGAUGAUGAAGUUCCUAUCGAAGCUGUCCGUUGGUUGUAUUUCCGUCGUUCUGGCGGAGUAAGCACAUGGAAACCAUUUUGUGGAUAUGAUUCAAUACGUCUUGAAACAGCUUAUCGAGAGCGUUAUAACGGCAGCACGGACCCAGUUUACGAUAAGAUUACUGUUCGUGGAGAGAUGUUCGAAGUAGACAUGGAAAGUUGCCAAUGCAUUCCUAUAUACUGGUUUGGCAAAAAACGAUCUGUACAUAGUAGAAGAAAAACUUGGUGUUCAACCAGAGUGGUGCGUGCUGUUUGGUUUCAGAAGAUCAAUUGGUUACCCUUGGAUACAAAGUUAUCUGAAGUAAUUGAAUAUGAACAUCGUACGUACGCUAUACCUAAAUUGAAAGGAGUUACAGGCAAAAGUCAUAAACCUGUUCAUAAAUAUCAGUCAAACAAUUAUGAAAUAAAAUGGAUGCCUGAUGGUACUAUCUAUUUAGUUACUAAAAGUGCAGAGCCUUUUGGUAAAGUUAGAUUACACGGAGGAUUAAGUAGUGUUCCUAUUAGCAGAGGAUUUAAUCGUCCAGCGGAAACUAGUGAUAGACCUCCCCCUAUUACUCAUGUAUGCUUUGUUGUCCAUGGUAUCGGUCAACAGUUAGCUAGUAUACGCCAUGAAUGUGCCAAAAUAAGGAAAACAUGUCAAAAAGUAGCUGAAAAACUUUAUCCUAAAUUAUCUGAAACUGGACAACGACUUGAAUUUAUUCCAGUGAAUUGGCGUAGUUCAUUAUCAUUGAAUUCAAAAACUUUAGAUAAUGUAACUAUAGCACAAUUACGGCCAUUACGUGAUUAUAUAAAUCAAAGUUUUGUUGAUAUUUUAUAUUAUACAAGUCCUGUAUAUCGUCAUGAUAUUAUGCAAAGUUUAAGUUAUGAAUUAACUAGAUUAUUUAAUUUAUUUUGUUCAAAAAAUCCACAAUUUCUUCAAAAAGGUGGUCAAAUCUCUGUACUUGCACAUUCACUUGGUAGUGUUAUCAUGCAUGAUAUUUUACGAAGUACCGAAAUUAAAUUACCAAAUUCAAUGUUUCAUUCAUUAGCAGAUUUAAGUUGUUCACAAUCAUCACUUCAUGAAAAUGAAUGUGGAACAAUUGCCAUUAGGCCGAAAAAAGGAAGGACUCGUAACUUAACUGAUUAUUCAAAUUCUGGAUCGAAAGAGUCAGUCAAUAAUAUUACCAAUAAUAGUAAUAGUAAUAAUACAGAUCGCGAUCGUACCUUGAAAUAUCCAAAUCGGGGAUCAUUUUUGGAAAAUAUAUCAAAACCAAAAGAAUGGAAAUCUGUACCACAGUUAGCAAAUCUAUUUUUAAUUGGUUCACCAUUAGCCUUAUUUAUAUCAGUUAAUGAUUUAUGUCCACCAACAUAUAUAAAUCCAUCAACUCAUUCAUUACAAUUAACUAAUUCUACGGAUGAUGAACGAGAUUCAACAAGUAAUUCACAUUCAAUACAAAAUAGUAUUACAUCGAUUACAACAUCAACAUCUAAACAUACAGGUAUUGAUUUAGAUGAAAUUGAUCCUGAAGCAUUAUUUUCAUAUUUUGCAUGUCGAAGAGUAUUCAAUAUAUUUCAUUCAUAUGAUCCAGUGGCAUAUCGUUUAGAACCAUUAUUAUUGAAACAUUAUGCGAAUAUCAGUCCUGUUGUUAUACCGAAAGCAUCAAUUAGUCAUUUAGAAAAAUGUUUAUCAAUUAAAGAUAUUUCUUUUAUUAAUAAUAAUAAUAAUAAUAAUAACAAUAAAUCAAAUCAAUCAGAUAGUCAAACACCAACAUUAAAAGGUUCUAAUACAUCAUUAACAGCAAUUGAUGAUAUUGAAUCAACACAUUCAAUGCAUACAUUGGAUUUAUCUGAUUCAGAUAGUGAUUCAUCUGAUCUAUCAUUAAAUGGUGCUAGUGGUAGUAAUGGUUCUGAUCAUAAAGAACAAAAAAGAAAAUUUUUCAAACGUUUAAGUGUUGUGGAUGAAAAUUCCGUUUAUAAACAACAUCAAUCUUUAGCAAUGAAAAUAUUUAGUAAUUAUAUAACUAGACGAUCAUCUAAUGUAACUAAUUUAAAUCCAGUAUUAUGUCAAAUGCGUUCAAUGCCAACAACAAAUGAAAAACAACUUCGACGUCGUAUUGAUUAUGAAUGGCAAAAAUCAUUUUCACCACUUGCUAUAUUAGGUGCCCAUAAUAGUUAUUGGAGUAGUCAUGAAUUAGCAUUUUUUAUGCUUUAUCAAAUAUUUGGACCACCACAUUGUUUACGUUAAAUAAUAAAUAAAUAAUUAGAUAAAUCUAUAUCAUCUAUAUAACAUGUUAAAGUAUACAUGAGUAAAGUCUUUUCCAGUUUCAUCUCUUAUGUAAUGCAUUUGUAUUUAUUGCCUAAAUACUUGAAAACAUUCCAUUUCAUAUUUCUUUUUUUCUUUGGAUAAGCUGAAUUAUUUUUUAUUUCAUUUGUUAAAUUCACUAAAACAACAACAACAACAACAACAAAAAGAAACAUUUGCACCCACAAAGCAAAAAGAAAAGAAAAAAAGAAAGAAAAGAAAAGAAAAAACUACUCUCACAGAUUAUAGAAUAAACUUCUUUUUAUUUUUGAAAUUUUUCUCUCUUUUUUUUUAUUUUAUUCGAUUAUUGUAAAUUAUAUCAAUAGAUUAAUGUAAAUUCGUUGGAUUGAAUAAUACACAUCGUAACGAUUUCCCUUUUUCUUUUAAUAAGGAAGAAAAAAACGAGAGAAAAAAAACAAAAAAAGACAGAAUAAAAAGAAAACUUUAUUACUCUUAAUCAAUAUUCUUUUAUUUUAUAAUUGAUCAAUGAAUUUAUUUAUUUUAUUUUUGGUAACUUAGAUAUUUACUACUUAAUAAUGAGUCUAGAUCAGAUUGUUAGAUGGAACGUUGGAUUUACUUUAAAUUCUUUCAAUGAGAUUUUCACAAAUACAACAUUCUUCCUCUUUUAAUAUUGAGCUGUUUGUUUUUCAUGUUUAUCAUUUAUAUAUAUUACAUAAUGAUGAAAUCAAUUUGAUUGUACUUGUGUGUGUGUGUGUAUGGAUGGGUGUGUUGAUGUGUUUUCAGCUUUCUUUUAUUUUUGUUUUUCUUUUGUUGAAAAAAAAACAGACAAAACAAAACAAGUAAGUGAAAAUGUUUUGUUUUUGAA